AUGGCAAUCGUGUGCAUCUCUUUUCUUUGCGAUCUCCUUCUGGGCAUCACGAAUCCGGUGCUUUUACUUCCAUAUCCCGCCGUCUACUGUAUGUCGCCGAUCUUCAAUGCAAUCACCAUUCGACCAUGGAUAGCGAAAAAUAUAUUCUUCAACUACGUUUUUGGAGAAGGCCUUAUUGUCUACUUCCUCGCUGUGAUGUUUAAUCAUCGCUUAUUCUUACUGAGGAAUGAUGGCCGAAAAAUCGAAAAUUCACCCGUUUUCAUUGCUUGUUCGGCUUUUUUAGGCAUUUUUCUGACUGUUGGUAUUAUUGCCGUGCAAGGGUUGCCGUUUCUCGAUGCAGAAGCAAUAGAGAGAGAGGCUGUUGACGAGUAUGGAAGUGGUCUCUAUCGACUUGUGAUUAUUUUUGGCUAUUUUGCAUGGGGCAUUUUGUUUCCGUGGGAUUCUGAUGUUAUCAAUCACUCGCUCGGCAAACACAAAACGGCUAUGUGCGAAUUCUUCUAUUACAGUUCUUUGCCGUUUGCCUAUUUUAUGGCCUUACAGUUCUUGCUCUUUUCC